CAGGAAAAUAACUGGAACAAUAGAACAUGUCUCAUAUUCAACAUGUAAUCCUGAUAUUGGCUUUGUAUAGGUCAAUGGAUGUUACACUUUCUUCAAAAUGGGGUAAAAGAAAAGGACCCCUUGAAGACAAAGUUCUUAAAAUCCCAGAGAACACUGUAGGAGAUUACCUCAUCUUCCAAUUUAUAUCAAAUAACACCAACAUCAUGCAAUAUACAGUAUCGGGAGAAACAGAAAACAAAAUCCACAUUGACUCUGAUGGUAGUUUGUUCUUGAAUGAUUCAUUAGACUGGGAAACAAGGAAUGUUCAUAACAUACAGAUAAGUGUGCAAGAUGAGAACUCAGUGACUGUGGAGGGACCUGUAAACAUUAAAAUAAUUGUCUUGGAUAUUAAUGAUAAUAAGCCUAUCUUCAAUCAGAGCAUUUACAAUGGAGUAGUGAGACAGCACUCACGACCUGGGCGUCCCUUCAUGCGUGUUUUUGCCACAGACAAGGAUGAUCCAAACACUCCAAAUGCUAAACUCAAUUAUUCAAUUCUAACCCAAAUCCCAGAACUCCAUCAAGUGAAUCUCUUUCAGAUUGACAGUGAAACCGGGGAAAUCUCUUCCACUCCAGAUGGCGCCCGACAGUUGGACCCAAGCAAGCAUAAGCACUAUGUCCUCUUUAUUACAGUAAAAGACUUAGAAGGUUUGUCAGUAAAUUCCUUAUCUGACAAUGCAAAAGUGCAAAUUGAAGUAAAAGAAAACUUAUGGCAGCCCCCAGGGCCGGUAACAAUUAAAGAAAAUUCCACUGAACCUCACCCAGUUUUUAUUACACAGGUUAGGUGGAAUGAGCCUGGAGCAAUAUAUGAGCUUGGUAAAAAGGAAAGAAAUUCAAAAUUCCCUUUUAUGAUUGAUAGAGAUGGGAAAAUUUAUGUGACUGAUCCCUUAGACAGUGAAGAAUCAGAAAGGUAUGUGCUGGUGGUCUUUGCAAAAGGCAAAAAUAAUGAAAACCUUGAACAACCAUUAGAGAUUCUUAUAUUAGUAGAAGAUAUUAAUGACAACCCACCAGUUUGUGUCCAGGAUGUAACAACCUUUGAAGUUCAAGAGAAUGAAAAAAUAGGAAAUCAAAUAGGCAUCCUUCAAGCAACAGACAUGGAUAGAAAAAAAGAGAACUCUUUCCUUAAGUAUGAACUCCUUGACCAGGAACCAGAUCAGCCUAAUGCUAGGAUGUUCAUGAUUGAUCCAUAUUCUGCGAAUAUCCAGAUAUCCAGUGACAACUUCCAGAAGAAAAUUGUGUCUGAAUACAAGUUAAAUGUGAGAGUCUCUGACAUGGAUGGGGAACCCACAGGAUUCAGCACUAAUUGCAGCGUUACCAUCAAAGUCAUUGAUAUAAACAACAAGAUUCCUGUAUUUGACAAACUGCAGUACCCUCCACUUAAUAUAUCAGAAGAUGCAGCAAUUGGAACCCUCGUGUAUAAAAUUUGCGCCACUGAUGCAGAUGAUCCAGGAACAGGUAGCUGGAAAAUCAUAUAUAAAGUUGCUGAGGGAGACCCCGCUGGAAUGUUUAUUGUUGACACAGAUGAAGAAACUAAUGAAGGAUAUGUGAAGAUAAACAAGCGUGGAGCAUUUUCAAACUGUCUGUGGCUAGACUAUGUUGAUCUUCUAGCCAGUAGAUGCUUGCAAGAAAACCACUACCAGACCUGGCUUCAAGAGUUGGACUCUGUGCUGAGCAAGCACCUUAACUUUGAGAAGGUGUCCCUUUACCAUUUAAGGAUUGAUGCCAGAAAUCCUGAACCACUGGUUUUUGGAAUUAAUUAUAACUCAAGCUCUUCAACGUAUCUUGCCAUUGGUGUUAAUAAUGUCAAUGAAGCUCCAGAGUUUGAUAGCUCAUUUUAUCACAAGGCGGUCUUGGAGAACAUUACAGUAGGGAGUGUUAUUCUCCGUGUCCAUGCCAUUGAUCCUGAAGGUUCCCUUGUGAGAUACAGACUAGAAGAUGACAAGUUUGAUUGGCUAACUAUUGAUCCUAACACCGGAGAAAUCACCACUCAGGCAUAUCUGGACAGAGAAGUGACAAGCCUCUACACAAUCCAUGUCUUGGCUACAGAUACAACUGACCUUGUGUCUUCAGUUUAUGUUUCUAUUUCCUUGGAGGAUGUCAAUGAUAACCCUCCAUCACUGGAUGUUAGGAAUAAUCCCCACAUUUUCUGUUACCCUCUACAACAAAAGCACCAUGUGAGAAUAAAAGCUACAGAUAAGGAUUUGUCCCAAAAUGGACCCCCAUUUCAGUUUUCAAUUCAGCAGCAACAUUUGAAUGACUGGGAAAUCUCUGUGGUUGAUGAUCAUUCUGCAGAUUUGAUAAUGAAGCAUACCAAUUUUGAAGAGAAGCAUUACAAUGUCACAGUAUAUGUUGAAGAUAAAGGGAAAAAAGGAAAAAGUCAGACUGUUACUGUGAUCAUUUGCAAAUGCUCACAAUCUGGCAGCUGUUUUCUCGAAGUGCAGCAUUUAAGAGGCAUGCCAUCUGUGGGAAUGACUAUUGGAGUAAUUCUCGGAACCCUUUUGUUUAUAGGUGCUGUCUUGAUUGCUGUGUUCUGUCAUCUGAAAAAACAGAAGUCAGGAAGUGAAAAAAGAAAUAUGAAGAAAACAUAUUAUUGAAAGUGCUGAAAAAAUAUCCUGUUUUUAUAAACAUUUAUCUACAUAAGUGCUGAUAGACCGAUUAGAUCAAAUGUAGGUUUUUGUCUAUUUUUAGAACUAUAGUUUUGUUUUUUAUGAUAAUGCUUCACCCAUACAACCCCAUAUUGGCCUGAAUAAAGCCUACAUCCUGGAACAUGCCGUUACAGAGAUGUGAUAACUGAAGGGUCAGAGAGAAAACAAUAAAAGCAACAAAGAAAACUGUAUCGAAAAACAAAGUAAUAGUGUAAUGCCCAGUCAAGUAUAUUGUAGUAGAAAGAAAAUUGCUAGGCAAAAAGAAUAAUGAGAUGCUUGUUCAUGUGUUUAUAAUAAAAUGAUUCUGAGCAACAGAAACUCCUCAAGCAGUGAAUCCUCGAGUUUCAUCAGGACAUGUUAAUGCUUUUGUAGGUAUAAAAAUAUACAGUACUACACAGCUUCCAACAGAUAUGGCAAUGCUUUUAAUGUUACUUUUGACUAUGACAUAUCAUAUCAUACAAGGA